UGUCUUUUUCAUCUUCCAAAAAGAAAAAUUAAAUAAAAAUAUAAAAAUUAAGGAAGAGUUGUUCCUGGGUGUAUGUAAUGUGGUUGUAGUACUCUUUUUUAAGUUAUAAUGAAUUGAAAUUCGUUUUCUGUUUACAUUUCCUUAAAUAUAAGAUGAUGAGUUAAUGAUGUAGCAGGCCAUAUCUCUCUCAAAACAAACAAAUGAUAGCUUAGACUUGAGGGGUGUUUUGCCAUUGCCAAACAACACAGUAGUAGUAGUAAGUCAGAGACAAGUAAAAAAGAAGUAAAAAGAGAAGAACAUCUUUUUAUCUUCACUGUCUGUGUCUGAUCAUUCAUAUUCCCAACUGGGUUCUCAGUAGAGAGAAGGUGAUCCCUUGUGUUUACACAGAGGUUUAAAGAGUGAAAGAAGCUAAAAAGUAGAAAACACUACUGUGGGGGUCUAUAAUAUCCAGCUACAUACACUACUUCACAGUGUUUAUGAUUUCUUGAGGGGGGUUAUCUCAUUCUAUAAUUAGUCAAGUGUUGAUGGGUUUUGUUAAGAGACAGAGAUUGAUUGAGCUAUUUUAAACCCAUUUGUCUUCUUAUAGUAAGCAAGAACACUAUCUUUUCUACAAUUUGAUGAGUAAUUCCUCUUAAAGUUUUAAUUCAAUUGCCUUUUGAUGCAUGAGUGAAGUUUCUUCCUUGUUGAAGGUUUCUAUAAAGCUUUGUUCAUAGAUGAGUUUUACUUCCUUUGAUGGAUGUCUAUUAAAGCUUCCCAAACUCUGCAUGAAGAUUGGUCAAUGGGUUUUGGUUAGAAGUAUGGCUUUAAAUUGCAUACCUUCUAACCCUAAAACAACAAGUACCUGUAAGCUUAGGAAAGAUAAGGAGGAGCUAAUGCAAGGAGGAGGAUCUAAUAGUGUUUUGAAAUGGAAGGAAAAACUUCUUAUAUUGUGGGUUGUUAGUGGUUUUAUUUGGGUUUUGUAUAGUGUUGGCAGUAAUUGGGAUUGGAGUGAGGUAUCAGAGAUAUCAAAUUUUUGGAAUGACAAAGCUCAAAGCUUGAACCAGUUUCAUUCCUUCAUGCAAUCAAAUCAGGACAUAUCGCCUUCUGCGGAACUUUCUGAGUGCAAAGAGGAGUAUACCGGGAGUCUUACAGUGUGUUGGCUUAAGAUAUUUUGGUGGGUUGUUGUUGGCAUGCUGCUGAGUUGGACGAUCUCUUACUUUCGUGAAAGAUGGCGUGUUAAACGAGAGAGAAAGCAAGUUCAUCAUAUUCAGGCUCAGGCUCAGCCCCAACCCCAGCCUCUACAAUAUUCUCAAAAUGCAGCUCAUAGUAGUGGGAAGUGGAGGAGAAAAUUGCUGGUUGUGCUAGUCUUGGCAGGGGUUUUUGGAUCUUUUUGGUUGUUUUGGUCUAUGAACAGUAAUAUAAACUUGUUGAGAACGGAAAUGCUUUCCAACAUGUGCGAUGAGCGCGCACGUAUGUUGCAAGACCAGUUCAAUGUGAGCAUGAACCAUGUUCAUGCCUUGGCCAUUCUCGUAUCUACGUUUCACCAUAGGAAGCAACCUUCUGCCAUUGAUCAAAAAACAUUCGCACAAUAUACGGAAAGAACUGCCUUUGAAAGGCCGCUCACUAGUGGUGUAGCCUAUGCUGUGAAAGUUCUCCAUACAGAUAGAGAGGAGUUUGAGAAGCAUCAUGGGUGGACAAUAAAGAAAAUGGACAAGGGGGACCCAUCUUCUCCUCAAGAUUACAUCACUGAGAAGCUUGAUCCUGCACCCAUCCAAGAUGAAUAUGCACCAGUUACAUUAUCUCAAAAAACUGUUGCACAUAUUGUAUCCAUUGAUAUGAUGUCUGGAGAGGAAGACCGCGAAAACAUCUUGCGAGCGAGGGCAUCUGGAAAGGGAGUCCUGACUUCCCCUUUCCCUCUAUUAAAAUCUAAUCACCUUGGUGUGGUACUCACGUUUGCCGUGUACAAAACUGACCUCCCUGCAGAUGCUACACCAGAUCAACGUAUUGAAGCAACACUUGGAUAUCUUGGAGCAUCUUAUGAUGUGCCCUCAUUGGUUGAGAAGCUUCUGCAUCAGCUUGCUAGCAAACAAACGAUCGUUGUCAACGUGUAUGACACUACUAAUCGAUCUGCUCCAAUCAAUAUGUACGGACCCAGUGAGACAGACGUAGGACAUUUGCAUCUUAGCAAACUUGAUUUUGGGGACCCAUCUCGAAGACAUGAGAUGCAUUGCAGAUUUAAGCAGAAAGCACCUCCCCCUUGGCAAGCAAUUAUGGCAUCUGCCGGUGUCUUUGUGAUUACGUUGCUUGUGGGUCAUAUUUUCAAUGCCGCUAUAAACAGAAUUUCAAAGGUGGAGGACGACUACUGUGAAAUGAUGACGCUUAAAAUACGGGCAGAAGCUGCUGAUGUGGCUAAAUCUCAGUUCCUGGCAACGGUUUCUCAUGAAAUCAGGACUCCAAUGAAUGGUGUCUUAGGUAUGCUCCAAAUGUUAAUGGACACAAAGCUUGACGCAGAUCAACAAGAUUUUGCUCAGACUGCUUAUGCUAGUGGUUCAGAUCUAAUAUCAUUAAUAAAUGAAGUCCUUGAUCAAGCUAAGAUAGAAUCAGGCAGGCUUGAGCUCGAGGAAGUGGAUUUUGAUCUGCGUAUAGUCCUUGAUAAUAUCUUAUCACUUUUCACGGAAAAGUCUCGUGACAAAGGCCUCGAGUUGGGCAUUUAUGUAUCUGAUCAGGUGCCCAAAGCAACCCGCGGAGAUCCUGGACGAUUCCGCCAGAUUGUCACCAAUCUUGUUGGAAAUUCAAUCAAGUUCACUGAAAAAGGGCAUAUAUUCAUCACAGUACAUCUAGUAGAAGAAGUAAAUAACCUCAUUGAAGUGGGAGACGAAGUAUUGAAACAACAACUAGAGUUACUAAAAGAAUGGAUAGACCCAUCAUAUAGCACGUUAAGCGGGUUUCCAGUGGUUGAUAGGUGGAAAAGUUGGGAAAAUUUUAAGAAGUUAGGCAAUGUGAUUGCAACAACUGAAGAAAUUGAUAUGGUCAGAUUGCUUAUAACUGUUGAGGACACUGGUGCUGGAAUUCCUCUAGACGCACAAAAUCGAAUCUUCAUGCCUUUCAUGCAGGCUGAUAGUUCCACUUCUCGAAUUCAUGGAGGUACUGGUAUAGGGUUGAGCAUUAGCAAGUGUUUGGUAGAAUUGAUGGGAGGGGAAAUUGGAUUCUGUAGUAAACCUGAGUGCGGCAGUGCCUUUACUUUUACUGUGAAUCUCAAAAGGGGACAGAUACAAUCUAAUCUGGAAACAAACCAGAAUGAGAUUGAAACACUCUUGAAAUUCCAGGGAUUGAAGGGACUGGUGGUUGAUGGAAAGAGUAUUCGUGCCCAGCUGACCAGAUAUCAACUUCAAAGGCUUGGAAUUUGUGUGGAACUCACUGCUGAUUUGGAAUCUGCUUGUUCUUAUGCAUCAGAAGCCAGUCAAUUGAGUGCAAACUUUCAAUUUGACAUAGUGGUUAUUGAAGAAGAUGGUUUGGAGAAUCAGACAGCCAUUGUCACUCAUCAUCUGCUCAAAGUGCUCCGUGAAAAUGAAAGACAUGAGCCCUUGGGGAAGUGCCCAAAGAUAUUUCUAUUGGCUAGAUCAAGGUCUGCCAAGUUAGAUGAGUUGAAAUCAAAUGGCUAUGUAGAUGAGAUAAUAACGAAACCGCUUCGCCUGAGUACGCUGUCCAAGCUCAUCCUCGGUACUGGAACCAACAAAUACUUUUCUAAAGCCAAAUCUUCAAACCUUAAAAGCCUACUAUUUGGAAGGAAAAUAUUGGUUGUAGAUGAUAAUAAAGUAAACCGUAGGGUAGCAGCAGGUGCACUAAGUAAAUACGGGGCAGAAGUUACUUGUGUUGAGAGUGGGAAGGAUGCUGUUAAAAUGCUCCAGCCACCCCAUGCAUUCGGUGCUUGUUUUAUGGAUCUCCAAAUGCCAGAAAUGGACGGGUUUGAGGCUACAAAACAGAUCCGCAGCUUCGAGAGUAAGGUUAAUCAGCAAUUCAAACGGCCGAAUGGGCAGAACUGGCACACACCAAUACUAGCCAUGACAGCUGAUGUAUUCCAGGCAACACAUGAGAAAUGCAUGGAAUGGGGAAUGGAUGGUUAUGUAGCGAAGCCUUUUGAAGAAGAGCAACUUUACUCAGCAGUCAAGUGUUUCUUUUUGCCUGACCUAUAGACCAAAGUCAGAUGGAUGGAGGUAGACCGUUGGUGCAGUGCCAACUGAUGAAUCUUGAAUGCUGUUCUAUGACCAAUAUCUAUUUAGCGUGAUGGGAUGGAAAGUUCGUACAGUUUUGACCAUACUUGGUUGGGUUCGUUCAUUAUAUGGGUUGCUGGAGGACUGACUAUUAAGUAAUAACCUUAUUUCUCGGUUUCUUAAAGAAGAAACAUUUUGGCUGCUGAAAAUAGUUGGUGACUGUUCUCUUAUUCUAUCGGUCACUCUCUUGAUUACCUUGUUCAGCUAGUUUUAAUCUCAAAAGAUAAAAAAAGAAAAAAAGAAUGACUAAAUGGUUAAUCGAAUGUGUAACACCACUUGAUGAUGCUUCUAUGUGCAAACAAGUGCUGGAAAAGAAUUUCUCAGCGGAUAGCUCUGCUCAAAUGGUCUCAUCGCUGUUAGAUGUAAACUGUGGAAUCUAUGAUGCCUUGAUCUGUUUCAGGCGUGUUGUUGUAAAAAAUCCAUCCAUAUCUCUGGUAUGAUGGUACGUGCUCUCUCUCACAACUCAGUCAUGGGUUCUAAGGGUUUUUAUUAACCUGAUGUCCCAAAACCUCUUCGUGUAAGAGUUUGUAAUAUACAACUCUAUUAUGGUAUGGUUCAAGUAAUGUAAUAUAUGUAGAGACCUAAGCUUCUCAUAGUAAAAUUUUCUGCUUUCAA